AUGGAAGACACCGAAGAAAUUCAAAGAUUUGUGGCCCGAAAGAUGAUUGAUACUGAAGCUUAUGAUGACAUCGUCGACAAGAUUGAAGAAGAGAAAGCACUCAAGGAUGAGGAGAAACUAACAACAAAGGAGUUCGUGACUCAUGCACGAGCAAUAUUAGUGGGCAUUAAAAACGAAAACACUAGCAAGGAGCACAGAUGA